CCCUUUCUUUCCUCGCACAGAUUAGGGUAAUCCAACUUUCAAACCCUAAAAGUCUACGCUUUUAAUUUUCUGUUGUUUUCUCUCUCAAAUCGGUGCUCCCUUCGGCGGCGCGUGAGGGUUUCCAGUGGCGCGUGAGGGUGUUAUUCGCGCGUUAUUCCAAGUUCCCCGCUGACCUAUGCUUUGUCCGACCCACAUUGGAGAGUUCACGCCGGAGAGAAGGCGGAAUCUCACUGGACGGCCGUGAUUUGGCACCUCCAUGGCUUCCGCCGUCCUUGCUAAUCGGAACGAACCUAAUUGGCAACGGCAUAGAGGCGGUGGAGCUGGAUUCAUGGGAAAAACACCUUUCUCUAACCCUAAUUCUAAAUUAGCGAAUAGCAAGAGGACCCAAUCGGCAUCCGAUGAUGCUUCCUCUAUCAACCGGCGAUCGAACGACGCCCUAACUCACUCUCAGUACGUUACCUUCAACAUCGCUUCGUGCACGAAGAAGGAGCUCAACGACUUCAAGAAUCUCCUCGUCUCAGAGCUCGAACAAAUUCGGAAGCUAAGGAAUCAAAUCGAGUCCAGCGAGUUUCAACCCGGGCAGAGCCUCAACGGCCAUCCGAAGAAGCCGUCGAGCAAGAAAGUUUCUGGCAACAAGCGGCCCUGGCCGUCAAAUUCCGCGAAGGAUUUGAAACGGUCGCAUUCGGAGGCUGGGAACUUGAUGAAGUGUUGCUCCCAGGUUUUGCAGAAGCUGAUGAAACACAAACAUGGGUGGGUCUUCAACGCCCCCGUCGAUAUAGUCGGAUUGAAACUCCACGAUUACUGCGAUAUAAUCAAGCAGCCAAUGGAUCUGGGUACUGUGAAGUCGAAUCUCUCUAAGAACGUGUACGCCACGCCUGCGGAUUUUGCCUCUGAUGUGAGAUUAACUUUCAACAAUGCACUAGCUUAUAACCCUAAGGGUCACGAUGUGUACACCAUGGCGGAGCAGCUUCUGGCGAGGUUUGAGGAACUAUAUCGGCCGGUGCAUGAGAAAUUCGAAGGUAGCAUAAGUCAUGAUCGCGAAUCUGAGGAGGAAUUGCAAGCCAGUUCGUGGAGCCACGUCGAGCCAGAGAGGGUGAAGAAAAAGGAGAAGCCUCCUCCUCCCCCUCCUGCGAAAUUGCAACAAGAGCCUCCGCUUCCCCCUGCAAGUUCUUCAAACCCUCCAUUGCUGCAGUCUCCGGUGCGCACGCCAUCCCCAAUGCGAGUCCCUCCUGUGAAGCCUUUGAAGCAACCAAAGCCGAAGGCUAAGGACCCCAACAAGAGGGAUAUGAGUCUUGAGGAGAAACACAAGUUGGGGUUAGGGUUGCAGAGUUUGCCGCCAGAAAAAAUGGAACAGGUGGUGCAGAUCAUACGGAGGAGGAAUGGACAUUUGAAGCAGGAUGGGGAUGAGAUCGAGCUAGACAUUGAGGCUGUUGACACAGAGACCCUUUGGGAACUUGAUCGAUUGGUGACUAAUUACAAGAAGAUGGUUAGCAAGAUUAAGAGGCAGGCAUUGAUGGGCAACACUAACAACAACAACAACGAUGCGCAGUCUAACAAAGGCAAUGGGGAAUUGCCUGCUAGCGAGAAGGUUGAUGGGGCGCCAGUUGAGGUGAAGAAGGCAAAGAAAGUAGAAGCAGGGGAAGAGGAUAUUGACAUUGGGGAUGAGAUGCCAACGAGUAUGUUUCCCCCUGUAGAGAUUGAGAAAGAUAAAGAUGUUGCUGGAGGCCGUGGAAGUAGUAGUUCUAGUAGCUCUGGCAGUUCAAGUAGUGAUUCCUCAUCGUCAAGUGAUUCGGAUUCGGGGAGUUCCUCAGGGAGUGAUUCUGAAGCAGACAACGGGCUUUCGUAGUAGCCAGUGAGUUUUUGGAACUAAUGGUAUCAUGUGGGUGGGGUAGGCGCGGAUGAAGAAAAUGUUUGCUUUCAUUGGAUUCCUUAGAGGGCGUUGGUCGAAUACAUGGAGAAGAGAGAUUGUGACCGUUGUUUGUUGGUUCGUUUUGGGAGUAGAGGCGGACCACCUGCUCCAGGAUUUGUGGUGUGACAUAGAUAUAGUUGUACAAAUUAUUUCGGGAACCGAAGAAAACAAUUUGUAGGCCAGAAAGUAGUGGACUUAAAUGUUGUGAAAAUUCUAAGAUAGAAUCGUUAAAGAUUAGGAAUAGAACCGGGAGAAUUAGUGUUUUUUGAGUUUACCUUGUACACAUUACUACAGUAAAUAGAUGGAACGGCCUCCUUCGAAAAUCCUUUUUUCGUGGAUUGUGUAUUGGAAAUUUCGGGAUUGUUAAUUAAUCUCUUAAAAGACCAA